AUGGUGGCCGAUCGUAUCAUUCCGAUCAAAUAUAACAGUCUAUUAGGCUAUGAAAACGAUCUCUACCAAACCGAUGAUUACUACUAUUAUCAACCAGAGGAAACACAACAGAGUUUCAUCGCCUCCACUGAGGUCAUUCCUUUAGGCUUGAUUUGCCAUGAAACAUUUAAGCCAAUUAAUUCCGCAUCAUCAAAGGCUUUGAAUAAUAAUAAUAUUAAAAUUAAUAAUAAUAAUAAUAAUAAUACAAAAUCAAAGGCUUUGAAAAGGAAUAAUUCAUCAUCAUCAAAUAAUGUAAAUAAUAAGAAUGUAAAUACAACGAUGAAUGCUAAGGAUGCUCGGAAGGAAAAGAGAAGACAAUUGUUUAAGAGUAAAAUGAUGGCUGCGCACUUUAGUUUUGUAGAGGAGAAUGGCGUGGAAUUGAGAGAAUUUGAGGGGUUUAAGAGUGCAAUGACGAAUGCUUUCAUGUUGGUGAUGAUUAGGAAGGACACGAGUGGUUUGUUUCAUCAUGAUUCUGAACGUGUGGAGGGAGAGUAUUUCACUCAGGGAAUAUCUCAAUACAAGAUUGCACUCAUAAAUAUGAGAAAGUUUAGGAUUGUGAGUGAUUUGGAGGAUUUCAUAUUCUUGGAUUUGGAAAUCGAUGGCAAGAUGAAAAAGUAUUUGGAAUUGGAAGGUGAUUUUUCCAGGAGGAAUCAUUACAUGUUUACUUUUGAAAAUGACGUGAAAAUUGAGAAUGAGGAUAAUCAUAUUGUGAAUAGUGGGAAAUUCACAUUCUUGAGUGAAGGAAUGUAUGUACAGUUUAGAUUAAUUAUGGAUAGAUUGGAAAUUGCAAACACGCGAGUUUUGGUUGAAAAGUAUGUAAAGAGUUCACCAUUUGAAAGAGAAUCUGAAUUAAUUUCUGGUAAAUUCACUCCUUUGAAUCGAAUAUUCCCAGAUAGAAAGUCUACAAAUACUCUCACAAUCAAUGAAAAUCAGUUGGUAUUGUACGAUUUGGAUACAAUUGAGAAGAGAUUAUUUCCUCUUCCUAGUUUACUUCAAAACUCAAAGAAACUGCUCCUUUCUUGUGAAUUACCAUCUCACAAAGGCAUGUUCAUGAUUGCUAAUUCUGAUGUUUUUUCUAUUGGAAGUAAUGGAUCAGCUUUUACUUUGGAAAAGGAUGAAAUUCUUUCGGAAAGCUUAACAAAACACUUGGAAGGUUUAAAAAUUGGAGAAGUUUGUAAAUUAACAGAAUCAAAAUAUUUGAUUCUUUUAGAAAGGGCAAAUAAUGGAACCAAUACAGAAGAGAUUACUCUCUUGGAAUUGUUUGAAAAUUCCAAAUGGUUAAUUAUGGAUCUAUCCAAAAAGACACUUACUGAAACUAGGCCAACAGUUUACAAGACUAGAAGCGAAGAAAUGCUAGAAGAUGGAUUCACAGCCGUUUCAAAGAAGAGGAAACAACAACCAAGACAUUUCCUAACUAAUUAUGGAGGAGAAAUUAAUGGCUUUACUAGGAAUGAAUUGGAAAAACUCAAUAUGCCAAAAUUCACAAUCAAUAAGAGAAGCAUGUAUUCUUUCAGACCAUUUCGUAAGAAUCAGGAUUGCUUUGUUGUGAAAACUUUCCUUACCUCAUCCAAGGUUGAUAAUCAUGCUUUUGAAUUGAUGAAAGCAGAAAUGUUACCUGUUGCACACUUUACCAAUUAUUUCCACAUUAAGGAGGAGGCGAUUUCAGAUAUUCGAAUCGAUAGGAGAUUCUUUUGUGAUUUGGAAAUAAAAUGUGACAUUUAUUGA